AUGGAUGCUCCCUAUUGCGCGAUUGUGAACGACGCAGAGCGAGAAGUAGGAGGCCUGACUCAACCAAAAGUGCCUCUCUGGAAUGCAAUGCUUUCUCCGAGUGCUUCCAAGGCGUCGAAUGCCUUAGACAAUACGAUGGAUGACAAGACGGACUGUGCUGAAACGGAAAAGUGGCCGGGUUUCGUGAAUGACAAGGAGUCUCAUCUUCGGUUGCCUUUUCAGAGCAUGUUUGCGCUCGACUUUGCCUCGCAAUACCUCUCUGAUUUUUGCCAGAGGGGUUAUACCUCCUUACCAUGUGAUCUGAAUGUCGAUGGAUUCUCUAUGGAACAGAAUCAAACUGUUGAAAGCUUCAUGAAGGAUGUAACUGUUGAACAAGGGCGUGAGGCCAUUGAAUUUUGUCUUCUCCAUCAACCAAAUGCUUCUAACAUAUGUCUUGAAACAACGAAGAAUUUAGCAGUGCCAUUUAUCGAUAGGCCUAGUCAGAAGUUUAGCACUCUCCUGACAACUUCCACUCCAUUACUUGGGAAGAUGAAACCCAUUCCUGGUCUUUGCAACUCCACCGAAUUCUGUGAGCCAGGGACACCCGUCAUGUUAACUUCGAGGCCAGAGUCUGCUUUAGGCAUAAGUCCUAGCGCUUCGUUGUAUCAUGAUGUAAAUGGGUUAGACUCCAAGUUGGACCAAAACUGGAAGAAGGUUGAGGAACUUAGAACUGAAAAUCUUCAAUUGCAAGCAGUGGUGAAGAGUUUGAAGGAGAAAAAUGAAGUUUUGAAGGAGGAGACAGCUAAAGUCAUCCAAAAAUACAAGGACAGAGCUGACGAACUUCAACAUCAAACUGUACAGGGUUACUUCAUCCAAGAUGGAGAGCAUGCUAGAUACUUUACAGCUGAUCAGAUCUGCAAGGUCUUCUUUGGAAGGGAGAGGAAGCAUAGAGGUGUUGCAACUGCCAAGGUGCAGUUUGAAGUUGGGCAGCUGUUUGAAGCACUCGAGGAGCAAUGGGUCUGACUUUAAAGUGUAACGCAU